UAUAGUGUCAUAGGUAUCCGUUUCCGCGUGUGUAAAUGAUUGCACGUGAAUAAAGCAAAGAGUGAUGGCCAGCUCGGAUCUGGUGAAAAAGGUGAUACAGCUCAAACUACAACUCAAGGACACGUCGAAGUCUACUACGCUUCUAAAAACCUUGCAGAAGCUUCAGGGUCUGGAUGUCUCCUUGGAUAUUCUUUCCGAAACCGGUAUCGGCAAAACUGUAAAUUCUUUGCGGAAUCACAAGGAGGUUGGAGAUGUUGCCAAAUCGGUAGUAAGAUACUGGAAGAAAUUAGUUCCUCAGGACUCCAUAAGCAAUCCAGUAGCUUCAGACACUUCACAAACUACACAAUCGAAAGAUGGAUUGGAAGAGAAAACUCACACAAGCAGUGGAGAGACAGACAAAAGAGGAGAAUGUCUAAAAUCUCGGGGUGAGAGCAAGGAAACGGCAACAGCAAUUAAGGGUUCAAAGAAAUUUGACGACAAAAGACCUGCUUCACCCCAGGAACCACGCAAGGAGAAGAAGAGGGAAGAUGAUCUGUGGGGAAGCUCUCUGGAAAGAGAAACUCCUCAAGUCCCAAAGGACAAAUCUAGUAAAUUAAAAAAAGACGAUGUAAACAAAAGCCAUAAAAAAAUACCCCAUGAAGAUGAAAAUAAUAAUAAACAUGACAGGCAUCAUGACACUAUGCAUAGAAGCAAAACUAGCAAGGACUCAAAAUGCAGACUGACCCCUAAAGAAAAAACACUCGGCACAACAGACACUGAAAAACUCUACGAGGACAAAGAAUCAAAGAAAAAACAUCAAAAUCCGAAAUCCACACCAGAGCAGCCUGUUCAACAGCCUCUCCCUUCUAAGGCUGAAGCCAAAUACUCAAUGACUUCAUCUGAUUCAGCCAGUGAGAAAGAGGAUGGCACAGACACGUUGGCAAGCUCUUGGGACCGCAAAAGUAAGAAGAAGAAAGUGGUUGAAGAAAAUAAACGGUGUCAAAAAAUUAUGAAAAAGUCGGAAAGUGUUGGACAUUCAAACACCAGCAGCAAAAAGUCCAAAAUAAAGGUCAAUAAUUCAAGCGAGGCUGAUUUAGCGGGACCGUCCAUGUCUUUUGAGUCUUUCCUGAGCUAUGACACCAAUACAUCGAAACGGAAGGUGAGAAGCACAUCCAAGCAGCCUCUUCCCAAGAAGACGAAGACUCGGGAGAAGGGGGAAGCCCCAAAACAACGAGAAGAGAAGACCUUCAAGUUGCCUCCACUCUUGGAAAAUGGCGUCGGCAUGAAUAAGGUUAAAGAUAAUGUAAUGGACUUGCUCAACACUCCCUUGCCAGAAUUCCUGCCUGAAUGCGAUAAGUUCUCCGUUGUUGACUACUAUGAGCCCAAGAGAGUAGAGAAAGAAUCGUUCGAUGACGCUGGGGAGAAACACUUCACCGGCCAUCGUUGUAACAAGAAAAUGCAAGUGUACUCGGGAAACAAGAGUGCCUUCCUGCCGAGCAUGAUGAGCUUGUACCAACAGUGCAUCCGCGCCCUCCAGAACAACAUCGACAUGCUGUACGACACCGGGGGAGUCCCGUUUGAGAUCCUGGAGCCGGUGCUGGAGAGAUGCACACCGGAUCAGCUGCUGCGCAUUGAAGAAUACAACCCUAGCUACAUCGGAGAGACCGACCACUUCUGGGGAAGACACUGUGAGAGAGACUUCCGAGGAGCCAGGCUCCUGGAAUACGAGUCCUGGAAGGAGAUGUACGUGCGGCUAUCUGAGGAGAGGGAGAACAAGUUCAAAAGACUGGCCAAGACCAUCGUCUCUGCUCAUUCAAAGAAACCUCAAGGUCGCCAGGUGAAGAUGGCGUUCAUCCACACCGUUGCUAAGCCUCCGAGGGACGUCCGGAUCCAGCAGGAGAUGUACGGAACAGCUGGUGCCGUUCAGCCCAGUGCCGUCCGAGCCAGCGUCAAGAUUCACGAACACCGGCCUAGACCAAGCUGUGUUGAGCCCCCUAAAUCGAACCCCACCAAUUCGGGGACGGCAAAUUCACAAGACCCUCGUAAAAGAACAAGAGUCGCUCCAAUGAUGGCAAAGUCACUAAAAGCCUUCAAAAAACAACUAGGACGCAGAUGAUUGCUCUCACUGAAUAAAUCUUCGCACAAACAAGGGUUCACAACAUUGAAUUAUAAUUGCACUAUCCAUUCAUAACUAGAGACAAUGUAGGCAUAGGUCACUCUUGUAUUAUCUUGAUUUCUGAUAAGCUUUGUAAGAGAUUAUAGUUUUGUUUCUUUCAUAAUAUUCACUAUUAAACGAGCAUCUGAAAGGGCAAUCUAA